GGUGAGCGUUGUCUAUCCAUACUUUCUUUCUUUUUUCUCUAAAUUAUUGUCUCCUCUCCAAACUUACACUUGCCUAUCUAUCUACACUGCUAAGCAAUAGUUCUUUGUUAGACAUGAAUGUUUGAAUUUUACAUUUAGUUAUUUGUAAGUGUUUGAGAUUAUGGAUUUGAUAGUACAUAGAAAUCAUACCCAUGAAGGUUUUUGCUCAUUUCUAUACUUUCAAAGAGAAAAUGCUAGAAAUAGCAAUGGUUUUGUUGGGGUUAGCAUUAGGGAUAAAGUUGGUUCAAGAAUGAAAGCUUAUGUAGGAUUUAGAAAGUUGAGACGGAGUCGGAUUGUUGCCGUUUCUGGGGUUGAAGCCUUUCGUUCCAAUGGUAGAUUUCCAAGUUCUGAUAAACAGCCAAAUGGGGAUAUGGGAAACGGGCAUUUUUCUUCAGGUUCUAUGCAUUCUCUGUCAAAUUUUGAGGAAAUUGAGAGUAAUAAUCAACUUCGUAAAUUGGUUAGAAAUGGGAGAUUGGAGGCAGGUUUCAGGUUACUAGAGAGCAUGGUGUACCGUGGGGAUAUUCCUGAUAUAAUUGCUUGUACGAGUUUAAUUCGUGGGUUUUGUAAGAUUGGAAAGACUAGGAAGGCAACUAGGAUUAUGGAAAUAAUUGAGGAUUCUGGAGCUGUUCUUGAUGUGAUCACUUAUAAUGUAUUGAUUAGUGGGUACUGCAAGGCAGGAGAGAUUGAUAAUGCUUUAAGGGUUUUGGAACAAAUGAGUGUUGCCCCUGAUGUUGUUACUUAUAAUACAAUUUUACGCUAUUUGUGUGAUAGUGGGAAAUUGGAUCAAGCAAUGCAAGUUCUUCAUAGGCAAUUGGAAAAAGAAUGUUAUCCUGAUGUGAUCACAUAUACCAUAUUAAUUGAGGCAACUUGUAGGGAAAGUGGUGUUGUGCAGGCAAUGAAGCUCUUAGAUGAGAUGCGGAAUAGGGGAUGCAAACCAGAUGUGGUUACGUACAAUGUCCUUGUCAAUGGAAUAUGCAAGGAGGGGAGGUUGGACGAUGCCAUCAAGUUCUUAAACAACAUGCCAUCACAUGGAUGCCAACCUAACGUUAUUUCUUAUAAUAUUAUUUUGCGUAGCAUGUGUGGCACUGGGAGGUGGAUGGAUGCAGAGAGGCUAUUGGCUGAAAUGGUUCGUAAGGGUUGUUCUCCUAGUGUUGUGACUUUCAAUAUAUUGAUUAAUUUCUUGUGUCGUAAGGGUUUAUUAGGUCGAGCAAUUGAUGUUUUGGAGAAGAUGCCCAAUCAUGGAUGCACACCAAAUUCCUCAAGUUACAACCCAUUGAUUCAUGGGUUUUGCAAAGAAAAGAAGAUGGAAAGGGCAAUUGAGUAUUUGGAGAAAAUGGUUACUAGGGGUUGUUAUCCUGAUAUUGUGACUUACAACACUUUGCUUACGGCAUUGUGCAAAGAUGGUAACGUUGAUGCCGCCGUUGAGUUACUUAAUCAGCUAAAUGGCAAAGGGUGCUCACCUGUUUUGAUAACUUACAAUACUGUGAUUGAUGGGCUUUCCAAGGCAGGGAAAACAUAUCAAGCUGUGGAACUUGUGGAUGAGAUGCAGGCAAAAGGUCUCAAGCCUGAUGCAAUUACCUACUCUUCGCUUAUCGGCGGGCUAAGUAGAGAAGGAAAGGUUGAUGAAGCAAUUAAGUUUUUUCAUGAUUUGCAAGGUCGGGGGGUCAAAUUAAAUGCUAUCACCUACAAUUCUGUCAUGUUGGGACUUUGUAAGGUUCGACAGACUGACCGUGCAAUUGACUUCUUGGCUUAUAUGGUAUCAAAUGGAUGUAAGCCAACUGAAGCUUCAUACACCAUCCUCAUUGAAGGCAUUGCAUAUGAAGGUUUAGCUGAGGAGGCUUUGGAGUUAUUGAAUGAGCUGUGCUUAAGAGGAGUUGUGAAGAAAAGUUCGGCAGAACAGGUGGCUGUCAGGAUGUAGCUUGCUAUUCAUGUUCAGCUGCUGCUAUUUAAUAAUUUACUCCUCUGGAUUAGGUUAGGCAUCCUUUUCUGCCAACCUUGUUUUGUAAGAGUCUUGCUUUGCUUUACUUCUUGUUUUGUUUUUUUUAUUUUCUCUUCAUUUUAGUUUCAACUGUUUACAAUGAGCAAAAUCCAAAUUUACUUUUGGUAGGUUCUCUAUGUAGUUCUUAUACUCAGAUUUAUUUGGUCUUAGGAUUUGGAUACACUUCAGAACCGACAUGAAAAUUCACACCAGGCUAUCUA